UUCCAUGCUGUUUACUGUAUACAGAUAAUUAUAUACAUUUUUUUAUUGUAAAAUAAAUUUAAUAAAAUUGGUAAUAAUAAUUUAUUAUUUACCAUUAGUAACGGGAUCUUAGAGACAAGUUCAACGCAAUAAAAAGUGUAUUAGUUGAGCUCAGCUGUGCUAAAGUUUGUAUGUAGACUUGUAUCGUGAGUGAAUGAAAAAUGUUACAAUUGGAUAAGCUAUUAUUUUUAUUAAACUGCUUUUGAAUCUUUAUUUAUACAUUUUAUCAUUAUGGCUGAUCGUUUAACACAAUUGCAAGAUACAAUAAAUCAGCAAGCAGAACACUUUUGUAAUAGUGUUGGUAUCUUGCAACAAUAUUCUACGCCAAGCAAAUUUCCUGGCUUUGAUAGAAUUGGUACUCCACAACCUCAUCAAUCACAAGAAGAUUACGCCUCAUUGUUUGCAACUUUAAUAGCAAGAUGUGCUAAAGAUAUUGAUACAUUAAUAGAAAGUCUUCCAAGUGAAGAGGCAUCACAAGAACUUCAAGUAGCUAGUUUAAGUCGUUUAGAACAAGAAAAUCAAGAAGCUGGUAAACAACUUGAAGAAGUAGUAAGACAAGGAGAAGCCUUACUUCAACGAAUUCAAGCGGCUUUGCAAGAUAUUGCUCAAAGUCAACUAGAUAUGCAGAAUCCAGCAUCGACUGCUGUACUUAAUAUCAAUUUAAACCCUGCAAUGACUUUUAAGCAAGAAAAUUUAAGUUCUACGAACUCAGUGCCUUCCAAUAAUGUGCACCAACUCUCAAGUUCAUCACCAAGUUCAAUGAAUCAAUAAUAAAAUAAUUAAUUUUAUGUAAAUUUUCGAUCAGCAUUUUAUUUAUUAUCAAUUUAAUUUAAU